AUGUCAUUUGGUAAUAGUCAGCCCGUAUUUCCAAUCGUUACUCGGACCCCAAUACGCCGAAAUACGUUUCAACAAAAAAUAGCCAAUAAUCUAUCAACUACAUAUAAUGAAAAUAGUCUACUAAGAUCACCUCAAAAUUCUAUGUUUAAUAAAACUUAUUUAUUUUCACCCACAUCAACUCUCUCACCAACAACAGGAACAAAUAAUAGUGAAAUAAAUAUUUUGAAACAUGAUAUACGUCGUUUACGUACCAGUCUCGAACGGAAAGAUGAACAGAUCAAUUGGUGGAUGGAUAAGUCAAAAAAUGAUAACGUCAAAUAUGAAGGAUUAAAAACGAAAAUGAAUAAAAUGGAAGAAAAUCACGAUAAAACAAUCUAUUGUAUACGCUCAAUGUUAGAUGGUUUAACGUUUAUGAAUCAUUCGAUAAAACAUUUACUUCGCUCGAUCAAUAAUGAUCAUAAUCAUGAUAAAGAAGAAGAGGAAAAUAAAGAGAAUGAUAAUAUUGAUCAAACAUUUUUAUUGUUAUCAACAACACAAGAACAAGAUAGCUUGACAUUAGACAACAGUGAAGUUGAUUUAUUGCUGUUAGCACAAACAAAUUCAGUUUGUUUAAAGUUAGCUGCAAAUAUUGAUAAGUUAAUACGGACAAACCUUUUGCCAAUAACAUCGUCGACCAAUCAGGCUGAUAUAGAUAAAAUUCAUCAACAACAAUCAAAUGCGUCUGCAAUAUUGGAAUAUUCAAGAACAACAGCCUCAGCAUUAGAUUUUGAUGAUGGCGGUCCGGAGUUAUUAAAUUCUGUCAAAAAUGAUUUAUAUCAGCAACAAAUCGAUAAGCUCAAUGAUGAAAUGAAUACUCUACGAAUACAGUUAAAAGAUAAAGAAAAAUAUAUUCAGAAUCUUGAAGAACAGACAAAUAAUGCUAAUCGAACGUAUGAGUCAUCAUGUUUCAAAUAUGAACAAGAUAUUGAUAAUUUCAAACGACAAUUAACAACAAAAGAUGAACAAAUACUGUCUGUUAUAUCUAAUGAACAUGAAGUUCUACGACAAUUAAUUGAUGAAAAGAAUGUAGAACAUGAAAAAUUACACAUUGAAUAUAAAUCUUUGUUGACUAAAUAUCAAAGUGAAUGUAGUCGAAAUAUUGAUUUAAUUGUUACUACCGAUGAACUUCAUGAUAAAAUUCGAAUUAUGGCCAAAGAUAUUGCUGUGAAAGAGGUUAAUGAAGAAAAACUUCGUACUCAAGCAAAUCAAAUGAAGAAAAUGAUUACGUUAAUGAUGCCUCAAAUCAAAAAGCAACAGAAAAAAACAUUUGGACAUAAAAUGAAGCGGCAAAUUCGAGAGUCUUUCUCAUCAUUAGUCAGUCAUAAAACUUCAUCAAAUGGAUCAUCUAGUCAAAGUUAA